AAGAAAUUUCUUCCCCAUUUAUCCAUUCUUCGUGAUACAAUAUGUCUAAUAUUGCACCAACUGGAACGCUUAUUAAUCUUUGGUGUAUCGUUCGUGAAAAUCGUUCUAUUUUCAAAAUUACUAUCGGAUCGGGUAACGAUCUUGACGACCUUAGAAAAGUUAUCAAGGAGAGGAAGCCACGUUUUAAUGAUUUUGCACCCGACGAACUAGUUCUAUGGAGGGUCAAUGUUGCUUCGAAUAUACUUAGGAAUAAAGAAACUGCUAUUGAACCCUACUUAAACGAAAAAUUAGAAGAUCCAGCCGAUACGGUUGGAAAUACAUUUCAAAACGUUAUAGGAAAUAAUAUUCGAGUUGUUGUUGGUGUUCCCGUUAUUGAGCUUGGAAGAAAAAGAAAAGCCAUAGAAGAACGUAAGAACACAACGGCUUUUAUAUCAUUUAACCUAUUAUCCAAAUGUUUGACCAUUUAUUUGAUCAGUUGUAAAAACUUCGAGAAGGCAAUGGACAGUCAACGGUGCCCUGCGAGAAACCGAUUGGUAUUCUAA